AUGUCAGCCGUUCAUCUUACUCAAUCUUAUAUCAAGUCAUCUCAAAACACUGAGAUACAAUUCAAUGUUUUUGCACAAAAAUACCAACACAUCCGUAGUCUUGGAGAUAAACCACUGUUUAAAUUCAUUAAAGCUGAUGGAAAUGAACCAGCCAUAGAAUACAAUUUAUUCGAAUUUCAAGAUAAGGUAGACACAAUCUCAUCAGCACUCUACACAACACUUCAUUUAAAGAGAAAAGAUGUUAUUGCUAUAUAUUUACCCAACUGUAUCCCUUUCAUUAUUAUGGAAGCAGUAAUAGAAUCUUCUGGAUUUAUUAUGAUGCCGUUCAAUCCAACAUACACUUCUGAUCAAUUAUCUCGUUUAUUCCCUCGAGUAACACCAAAACUAGUUGUUACUAUAAAAAGAUUCCUUCCAAACAUUCGUAAUUUUAAUAAAGAAGUCAAAGUACUAUUAGUUGAUGCUUCACAAGAAGAAAUAAAUUCUAUGAAUGACUCUUAUCUUUAUUCAUUUUCUUCUCUAUUACAAGUACCAAUUAAUAAAGAACUUCUUCAAAAUGAAAGAAAUCAAAUUCAACCAGAAGAUGAAUUGUUCUAUGGUUGUACUUCUGGAUCAACAGGAGUUCCAAAGAUAUGUGUUUAUACAAAUAGAGAAUUUACAGGAAAUAUUGUUUCAAUUAGUUCUCAAGUUCCACCAGAUGAACGAAAAACAUUAGCUUUUAUUCCUUUUUUCACUACUACAGGACAUAUUGUAUUAUCAACACUUAUACUAAAAGGAUAUUAUCAUGUCUGUAUGGAUAAGUUUAAUACUGAAAAGGUUUAUGAAAUUGUUCAAGAAAAUAAAAUUACUAAUAUUUCUGGUGCACCUUCUGCUUUUAUGGCAAUACUAAAACAUCCAAAUAGAUCUCAUUAUGACCUUUCUUCGUUGAGAGAAGUUAUUAUGGGAGGAGCUGUAGCAUCAGAUUCUUUUAUUGAAUCUUGUAGACAAAACCUUCAUUUAGAAUUUUGUUGUAGUGGGUUCGGAAUGACUGAACUUUGUGGGUUAAUGUAUAAAAUGCCAUCUAAAGCAACCCAUAUUCCUGCUGGUCCAGUUGCUCAUUAUGAAGUUAGAGUAGUUGAUCAUGAAACGAGAGAAAUUUUACCUAUUGGACUUGCUGGAGAAUUAGAAGUACGUUCUCCUAUAAUGAUGAAAGAAUAUUUGAAUAAUCCUGAGGCUAAUAAACAAGCAUUUACUGAAGAUCGAUGGUUUAGAACUGGAGAUGAAGCUGUUUUAGAAGAAGAUGGAUUUAUGAGAAUUACUGGAAGAGUUAAAGAAAUGAUUAUUAGAGGAGGUCAUAAUAUUUGGCCAGCUGAGAUUAAUGAUACCUUAAUUAAACACUCAAAAAUUCAAGAAGCUGCAGUUAUUGGAAUUCCAGAUAAAAUUCAAGGAGAAGCUGUUGUGGCUUUUGUUGUUAUUAAAAAAGAUUGUUCUUUUGAUAAUCUUGAAAAAGAGUUAAAAGAAUUUUUGAAAGAUAAACUUGUUCCAUUUUCUAUUCCAACUUAUAUAUUUGCUAUUGAAGAUAUGCCUAGAACAUCUUUUGGUAAGGUUUAUGCUCCAAAAUUAAAGGAAAUUGUUAAAGAUUGUAUUAAAAAGAGAUGGGAAGCUCUUAUUCAAGAAAAUCAUAAUCCAGUGUUAACUCAAGAAGGAAAAGAAAUUGCUCAAUUAUGGGCAGAUAUGUUUGAUAUUCCAAUUAAUGCAUUAUCAAGAGAUUCUAAUUUCUAUAACUGUGGAGGAGAUUCUUUUGUUGGAUCUCAAACAGUUACUAUUGUUAGAAAAUAUGUUAAAGAUGCACCAUUUAAUUUAUUAAUAUGUAAACAAACCCUUGGCGAAAUUGAAGAUUAUAUUGCCCAUCCAAAUGAAAAUAUUAUUGAUACUGGUAAAAUUCUUAAAGAGGAUAUUGAAAAACUAAACCAAAUGAAUGAAGAAGAAUUAUUUGGAACAGAACAAUACAAUGAAGAAAAUGAAAAUAGAGACGCUGUUGUGAUUACUGGUGCAUGUGGAUAUCUUGGAGUUUAUAUUGUUGAUGCUGUAGCUAAGAAUGAAAAGAUUAAAAAAAUUUAUUGUAUUGGAAGGAGUGUUGAUUUGUCAGAACUAAAUAAGAAAAUGAUAUCGAUGAUGAGAAAUGCAGGUUUACAAAAGAGUGAGAAAAUGGAAAUGAUUGUUGGAGAUGUUUCUAAAGACCAUUUUGGUAUUGAAAGCACAAAGUAUAACGAAAUGAGAGAAAGAAGUCAAGUCAUUAUUCAUUGUGCAGCUAUUGUUAAUUGGAAUAAAUCUUAUUCACAACUAAAAGAAACAAAUGUUGGUGGUGUAAUCAAUGCAAUUAAAUUUGCAGGGAAGUCUGUUAUAUGUAGUUAUAUUUCUACUAUUGGAGCUGCAUUAAAUCAAAAUGAAACAAUUUCAGAACAACUUCCUGUUUCUUCAUUUGGUUAUAUUCAAUCAAAAUGGAUGGGUGAAAAGGUAAUAGAGAAAGCAAUAAAAUUUGGUUAUCAUGUUAAUAUAAUGAGGCCUGCAUUUAUUGUUGCAGAUUCAAAAAAAGGUAUUUGUAAUACUGAUGACUUUAUCUAUAAAUUUAUCCGUGUUUGUGUUAUGAACAAUAUUGGAUUAUCAGGACCAGCUUUAGAUCUUACUCCAGUAGACAAAGUAGCAGAAGCUAUAGCAAAGAAUUGUAUGGUCAAAGGUAAAAUUAUUAACUUACUUCCUCAACAACAAGUCCACACAGAAAAAAUCUUUUCUAUUUAUAAUUCUCUCAAUCAUUCAAUUCCUAUUUUCAAUUAUGAUGAUUGGAUAAAUAAAUUUACUGAAAUUGCUCAUUCUGGAUGUACAGAUGCAAUCAAUUUAAUACCUUCACUGUAUGUAUUAAAAAUACAAGUCCAACUUCAAUCUAAUUAUUUGAAAGAAACAAACCAACAAAUGAUUCUCAACUUUAAUGACGAAAUGAUAUCUUUGAACUUGAAUAAAUUAAGUAAAAUAGGGUUCUUCACUACCUCUUGUAAAGGGUUCAUUUCUCGUUCUAAGUAA